UUAUAAUAAUCUUUGCAUCUGUAUGAAUAAUCUUAACUCUAGUUCAUGUUCAUUUUCAUAACUCCACUACUUUCUCUCUCCUCCAUCAUCAACUGUAAACAUGCUAACAUCAAGGUUAACCCCCACAAUAAGGUCAAAUCUCAAUGACCCAUUAUUAUCUCACCGGAGAUUCCCCGGAGUUGGAAUCUCCGGCGGAGGAAUCUCCGGCGAAGGAAGAAAGAAGACCCAGAUGAUGACACGUGGAAUGAAGGUGAGGGCAGUAAUAAGCAGUGGUGACAGAGUGGAAUCUAGUGCAACAACUUCAACAAUGGAGGUCAAAGAUAAUAAUGGAAGUGUUUCUUUGUUAGAAUCUUCUGGAAGUGGGUUCCAAGUGAAAGCAAUUCUUGUCAUUAAGAAGAAGAUUAGACAAAGAUUAGUUGAUAAAGUUGAAGAUCAGUGGUUUAACUUUAUUAAUAGUAUUGGUCAAGGGAUUUUCCUCCAGCUUAUUAGUGACCAGAUUGAUCCUGAUACCAAUGCAGGAAAGUGUGUAGAGGCUUAUGUGAACGGAUGGCCACCCAGCUCAUCAGAACACUCAUACAUUGAUGAGUAUGUUGCCAAUUUUACAAUUCCUUCGAACUUUGGAAAUCCUGGAGCUAUUCUUGUCAGUAAUAAGUACAGCAAGGAAUUUUACUUGGUUGAGGUUGUUCUUCAUGGAUUCAAUGAUGAGCCUCUUCACUUCCCUGCGAAUUCAUGGAUCCACUCUAGUAAAGACAAUCCUGAAAGCCGAAUUAUCUUCAGAAACCAUACGUACUUACCAUCACAAACGCCACCAGGCAUCAAAGAUCUGCGGAGGGAGGACUUGCUCAGUCGUCGUGGAAAUGGGAAAGGACAAAGAAAGCUACAUGAGAUGGUUUAUGAUUAUGCUCCAUAUAAUGAUUUGGGUAAUCCAGAUAAAGAUAAUGACCUCUUUAGGCCAGUUCUUUCUGGUCCUAAACGGCCUUAUCCAAGGAGAUGUCGGUCUGGAAGACCACCCAUGAAAUCCGUUCCAGAAUGUGAGAGUAGAAUUGAGAAACCUCAUCCAGUAUAUGUUCCCCGUGAUGAAGCUUUUGAGGAGACGAAGCAAGCUACAUUUUCUAGGGGAAGACUGAAAGCUGUUUUGCACAAUUUAGUACCUCAAAUUGCUGCUACUUUAGCUAGUUCAGAUAUCCCGUUCAGCUGCUUUUCUGAGAUAGACAACCUAUAUAUCAAUGGUUUUGCUUUAAAAGACGACGAGGCAGCUGAUAAGGUCAAUAACAUAAGCCAAAUGCUUAACAUGGGUACUAAAUUACUCAAGUAUGAUAUACCGGCUGUUAUCAAAAGUGAUAGAUUUUCAUGGCUAAGGGAUAAUGAAUUUGCACGGCAGACUUUAGCAGGAGUCAAUCCUGUGAACAUUGAACUUCUAAAGGAAUUUCCUAUUACGAGCAAACUGGAUCCAGCAGUCUAUGGCCCUUCAGAAUCCGGGAUCACAAAGGAAGUGCUUGAAGAAGAACUGGAUGGCAUGAGUGUCGAAGAGGCCAUUGAGAACAAGAAACUUUUCAUAAUAGAUUAUCAUGACCUGUUACUUCCGUUUGUCAACAAGAUAAACGAGUUAAAAGGAAGAAAAGUGUAUGCUUCCAGAACAAUUCUUUUCCAAACCAGUGGCGGAGCUCUUAAACCUGUUGCUAUUGAGCUUUCACUUCCUCCUACCAAUUUUCGCCCUGCAUUUAAUCGUGUUUAUACUCAUGGCCAUGAUGCUACAAGCUAUUGGAUCUGGAAGUUGGCCAAAGCCCACGUUUGUGCAGCCGAUGGUGGUGUGCAUCAACUAAUAAAUCACUGGUUGAGGACUCAUGCUAGCAUGGAAGCUUACAUAAUUGCUACUAAAAGACAGCUUAGCCAAAUCCAUCCCAUUUACAAGCUCCUGCAUCCACAUAUGCGGUAUACUAUGGAAAUCAAUGCCCUUGCUCGGCAGAGCUUGAUCAAUGGCGGGGGAAUCAUUGAGGCCUGUUUUACCCCUGGAAAGUAUGCUAUGGAGAUCAGCUCUGCUGCCUACAAGAGCAUGUGGCGGUUUGACAUGGAGGCACUGCCAGCAGAUUUACUUCGAAGGGGAAUGGCAGAGGAGGAUCCUACAGCACCCUGUGGAGUAAAACUUGUGAUUGAAGAUUACCCUUAUGCUGCUGAUGGGCUUCUCAUAUGGUCUGCCAUCAGGGAAUGGGUUGAAUCCUAUGUUUCACACUUCUACCCUGACUCUAGUGCCAUCACCUCGGAUGUUGAGCUCCAAGAAUGGUGGUUCGAGAUCAAGAACAAAGGUCAUGCUGACAAGAAGGACGAGCCUUGGUGGCCUAAACUCGAGUCCAAGGAGGAUUUGACUGGAAUACUAGCUAUAAUUAUUUGGGUUGCUUCAGGCCAACAUGCAGCAAUAAACUUUGGACAGUACCCUUUUGGAGGGUAUGUUCCUAACAGACCUACACUGAUGAGGAAACUUAUCCCUCAAGAAAAUGAACCUGAGUAUGAGAAGUUCCUUAAAAACCCCCAAGCUACAUUCCUCGCGUCUUUGCCUUCCAAACUUCAAGCUACGAAAGUUAUGGCCGUCCAAGACAGUUUAUCUACGCAUUCUCCGGAUGAAGAGUAUCUCGGACAGGAGCAUGGCCAUUGGACUGAUGAUCAACAGGUUAAAGGCAUGUUUGAGAAAUUUUCCUCCCGUUUGAAGGAGAUUGAAGAGAUAAUACAUCAAAGGAAUAAGAAUUUUAAUCUAAAGAAUAGAACUGGUGCUGGUGUUCAGCCAUAUGAGCUGCUUCUGCCCACUUCUGGUCCUGGUGUCACAGGUCGUGGCAUCCCAAAUAGCAUUUCUAUUUAAACAGUGUAUAUCAUGAAUUCAUACUAAUAAUACAAGUAUACUGCUCAAAACUUAGCUUUAUUUCUUGUGAGUUUUACACUAUAUUUCAAUUUUUCUUCUUGAAA